GAGCGGAAGUGACGCUGUUAUUUCUAAAGGCGGGAGCGGAAAACGGCGCUGCUUGUGAGGUAUUUUGGGCGCACUGUGACUCUGUGAACAGCGCGUCGUCAGUGGAUGAGAAGUGAAAUUUCUCAAUGAUAGUGUCUGGCCAUUGAAGAAAAGAGAUUCACCACUUUCACUUAAGCCUCUUAGCGCAAAUCAACAAUGUCUUCGACAUCACAAAAACACAAGGACUUUGUGGCAGAGCCCAUGGGGGAGAAGCCUGUGAUGGCCCUUGCAGGAAUUGGAGAAGUUCUUGGAAAGAGAUUGGAAGACAAAGGUUUUGACAAGGCAUAUGUUGUACUUGGACAGUUUCUGGUACUGAGGAAAGACGAGGAGUUGUUUCGGGAAUGGUUGAAGGAUACGUGUAGUGCCAAUAUCAAACAGCAAGGCGACUGUUUCAGCUGCCUGCGAGAGUGGUGUGACUCCUUCCUGUAGUCUGCUGUUUUUGUUUUGUUAAUGUAUUUUCAUUUUGUCUGUUUUUCCCCUAGUAUGUUGAAUGCAUUUACCUCAACUCACUUCACGAAUUUGACUGUUUGGACUUUAUUUUGAGACACCAAUAGUAACAUUUAGCCCAGAACUGUACAUUGCUUUAUCACUAGAUGUUCUUUAUAUAGAGACACUUGUAUGAUCACUGCUUUGCACACUGGAUGUUUAGCUACAGGGGUUUUGAAAUACGAUUUUUAUCCGUUCCAUAUGAGCAUCGACAAAACUCAAUCUGUCACAUGCAUUUCAGUUUAAUGUCUGUACAUAUCUGCCUACAUCAGUAGGGUAAGCACAAUACUUCACUGGCAUUUCACACAGACGGAUUACGUCAAUCUUUCCCCCUGUUUACUGCUAUAAUGUUUGAAGGUUUUAACUGAAAUUGACCAAAUUGUGUCACAAUGCUAUUACGUUUUUAAAGGUUUCUGUCACAACUCAAAUAUGUAUUACCUUAAGGAUCUCAUGCAUAUUGGUAUCUUAUUGCCAUGUAACUGUAUGCCCCAACCUCAAUUGUCUAUCGGUAAAUUAAAAUGCCUUAAUAAAACUUUGGAUCUGUUUUAACUGUGA